AUGAAAACAAGACGCGGGAAACGUCCUGAAAGAUUUUGGCCAUCGAUUGUGAUGAAUAAAUGGUUAAACAUUAAACCUAAACUUUACGAUUUUAGUGAAGAUGAAAUCGAUACAGAGCCUGAGAGCGAAGACGAAAUAUGUUUGGUCAAAGACGUUGAUAAUGUAAAUUAUGAAGACUGCCAUGGUGGUCGUCGAGGAAACGAAAUUGAUCACAGCAAUAAAAUUUCAGACGGUGGUGUGAGAGGUUAUCAUAGGAAACACCGGCGAGGCAAAUCGGAGACUUUAAGAGUCCAAUACAUAAACACUAAAGAUAUCAAAGUGACGGUGGCUACAUGGAACGUCGCCGGCAAACGUCCUUCCGACGAUCUCGAGAUCGAAGAUUGGCUUUCUACUGAUAACCCUUCAGAUAUUUACAUCAUCGGGUUUCAAGAAGUGGUUCCAUUAAACGCCGGAAACGUUUUCGGAGCAGAAGAUCGAGGUCCGAUUCCGAAAUGGGAAUCGAUAAUCCGUAGAACACUAAACAAAUCUCAGAUAGAAUCAGUUUAUGAUCAGUCUCCAAGUAACAACAACGUUCUUCAUAGAUCUCACAGCGCGCCGUCUUCUCCUGUCUUAACACAACAAACAAACUCUGUUAUCGCUGAUGUUAUGGUCGAGAAUCUUGCUUCGGACCAUGCGUUAGACCUAGCUACAAACGAGUAUAUCGAUGCUGCGACUGCUUUACCGAGCAUCGAACAAGUUGGGAAUCCGGAUAUGGAUUGGCCUGAAAGAGCUUUAGAUGAGAAUCCUCAAAUUGUUGGAUCAGAACAGAAGCUAAGGAGAGUUUUGAGUAGCAAUGCGACGCUAGGGUUUAAGCUACCGGAGAAUCCAGCGGGAGCUAGUAGAUUUGCUUCUGACGCAAGGAACUUGAAACGGUCACGGAGCUUUGAAACCCUAAACCUGAGUUGGAAUGAUAUAAAAGAAGAGAAUGAGAACAAUUCAUUAUCUUCGGACGAAGCUGCGAAAACUCUGGCCGAUGAUUCGUCGGAUAGAGAAUCAUCCUUGACGGAAGAAGAAGGAGACACGAUCGGAGAUAUUUAUGGAGUACCGGAAGAUUUGGUGGAGGAGUGUCGGAAAGUGAAAGAUUGUCAAAAGUAUGUGAGAAUAGUGAGUAAGCAGAUGGUUGGGAUCUAUGUAUCAGUUUGGAUCCGACGGCGAUUAAGAAGACACGUCAACAAUUUGAAAGUCUCACCGGUCGGAGUUGGCUUGAUGGGUUACAUGGGAAACAAGGGAUCAGUGUCUAUAAGCAUGACGUUAUAUCAAUCAAGAAUGUGUUUCGUGUGUUCACACUUAACUUCCGGCCAAAAAGACGGUGCCGAACAACGCCGGAAUACUGACGUGUAUGAAAUUUUACGUCGUACUCGUUUCACAUCGGUUCUUGAUACCGAUCAACCUAGAACGAUUCCAUGUCACGAUCAGAUAUUCUGGUUUGGAGAUUUGAAUUACCGACUUAAUAUGUCAGACAGUGAAGUAAGAAAUCUUAUCGCACAAAAACGAUGGGACGAACUCAAGAACAGUGAUCAGUUGAUUAGAGAAUUACGAAGAGGACAUGUUUUCGAUGGAUGGAGAGAAGGACCGAUCAAAUNCCCUCCGACGUAUAAAUACGAAUUCGAUUCCGAUCGGUACGCCGGAGAAAACUUGAGAGAAGGAGAGAAGAAAAGAGCUCCUGCUUGGUGUGAUAGAAUAUUAUGGUUAGGACAAGGAAUAAGACAAGAGUGUUACAAGAGAUCGGAGAUAAAAAUGUCCGAUCAUCGGCCGGUGACUUCAAUAUUUAGCGUCGGAGUUGAAGUUUUUGAUCAUCGGAAACUUCAAAGAGCUCUUCACGUUAAUAACGCCGCAGCUUCAGCUGUUCAUCCCGAACCUUCUUUUUGA